GGCAAGGGGAAGUGGGGUACUGCAAGACGUGAAAUAGGUUCAUUUUUAGAGGUUCUGUCAAACAAAAAAAGGCUCGAAAACUUUAAAUAUUGUUAGCAGUAUUUUGAACAGAACAAAUAGAAUAAGUGAACCAUGCGUGUUGCUGAUGAAAUCCAGUCCUCUUGGGCUGAUGAGGUUGAGAUAGACCAGGGAGCCCUGCCACCACCUUCUGAAGUUGUAGAAAAUGGAUUGAAGAUUGUCACUGAAUAUAAAUAUGACAAUGACAACAAGAAAGUUAAGAUUGUCCGCACCUAUAAAAUUGAAAAGCGUGUAGUCUCAAAGGACAUCGCUAAGCGCAAAACUUGGAGCAAAUUUGGAGACUCUGCAAAUGAUAAACCAGGACCAAAUCCUGCUACCACCAAUGUUGCUGAAGAUGUCUUUAUGCAGUUCAUCACCAGUAAAGAGGAAGCACAGCGCCCUGAUGGAGAGACUGGAGAGCUUGAUGGACUCAAGGUUCAAACCAGCAGUGUGAUCAUCAAGUGCCGAACCUGCCAAGGAGAGCACUGGACGACAAGCUGUCCCUUCAAACACACACAAAUUGCUCAGGCUAAAGCUAGUGAAGCUGCUAAGGUUGCAGAAUCUAAGGCCCCUUCUACCAACAAGUAUGUCGCCCCCUACCUGCGAGACGGCGGCGCGGCGCGCGGCACUGGGCGUGAACCGCCAGGCGCCCGCCGGGACGACGCCACCGCCAUUCGUAUUUCCAACCUUAGUAACUUCGCCGUGGAAGCUGAUCUUGACGACCUUGUCAAGGGCUUUGGGCCUGUGCAGAAACUGUAUCUCGCUAAAGAGAAGAGUACUGGUCUCUGCAAAGGAUUUGCUUACGUUCACUUCAAGUUCCGUGCCGAUGCUGCUAAAGCUAUCCAGACCCUCAACGGACAUGGUUACGAUCAUUUGAUUCUCAAUGUGGAAUGGUCUAAGCCCCCUCAGAACAAUUGAAUAAUGUGAACAUUUCCAUAUUGUAUACAAAUUAUAAAUAAAAUUUUAUAAAGUGUAAA